AAAAGCGCUUCGGGCGGGAAAAAGAAAAAACUCACCGUUUUGCGUUUUGCCCUGUCGAUCACGCUUCCUCUUCUUUUUAUUCUCCAUUCUUCGAUCAUUCUCUAACGUUUCUUCUCUCAGAAUUCGCAACGAAGAGAGAGAAAGAGAAAUGACGAACGCAGAAGAACACAGUGGAGGCGAGGAGAAUACGAUGGAGGAUGAGAUUCUGAGGCUACGUGGACGCUGGGAACUCGCUUCUGUUCUCAACUUCUUCGACGUGUUUAGCUCAAUACUCGGCAAAGAAUUCAAGCUUUCUGCUGAAGAGUUAGAAAUUGGGAUUGUCAAGCCUGACUCUGCACUUGCUCAGCUACACAUUCAACUUUUGAAGGGGAUACCACCAGUGAAUAAAAAUUUGGUUAAUUCUGACAAAUGGGUGACUGCUCUCUGCAAGAAACUAGCUAUGUGGUGGUCAUGGGUUGCCGAGGGGAAGAUUCCACUUGUGCCGUCUAAUGGAGAGGAGAUAUCCAAAUACAAGGAACUUACUCCACUGGAUCGUUUGCGACUGCUAAAAGCGCUAUGUGAAGUUCGAGCUGAACAAAAUGAUGCAGUAUCAUACAUUAAUGAUUCUUUAAAAGAAGGAACAGAACUUACAUCUUUUCGCAAAGUAGCCUUAGGAAGAGCUGGAACUGACACUUUCUUUUGGUAUGAUGCAAAUGCAAAAUGCAAGAGUCACAGAUUGUAUAGAGAAAUAAUCACAUCAGACUCAAGUUCACAGAAUGAUGUCAAUGGCUGUUUAUCAAUUCCCAUCAAUUUUCAAUGGGAAACACUUGCAUCCAAUCUGGAAGAAUUUUCAAAAGCAGCUGAAACAUUUUCAUGUAGCAAAUCUUCUGUUGAAGUUGCUAUUAGUAAGAAACUUGAAAGUGACGUCAUUCCUGUUCUUGAAAAGCUUAAAAAGAAUAAAGAAAGAGCAGCAGAACGAAAGAAACGACAGGAGAUGCUAUCAACUGAUUUUCGGAAUUAUUGCUCAGGAAAUACACGCUCUUGUCGUACUCGCAGGCCUGUUAAUUACUCACUUGAAGCUUAUGAUCGUACCAUGAAGGAAGCUAUACAGUUAAUAAAUACAAGGAAAAGGUCUUCAGGCACUGAACGAGACAAAAACACAGGAUCAGAAGGUAAAUCCAACAGCAAGGAUGAUUCAUCAGAGAGUGAUUCCAAACAGGAUGUGGUUCCCGUAUCAGACAGUGAUGAUACUGGUUAUGAACAUGAGGAUUGUGGUUACAGUGAGGAGCAAGAUGAUGAUGCUGAUAGUAGCGAGCUGGGAAAUUCAGAAGCGCAUUCAACCCGUGCAGCUCCUUAUACAAAGGAAGUGCAUUCAAGCCACACAGUUUCUUAUCCAAGGGGAGUUCGCUACAGCAAGCGGUUAGCUGGAGUCCCUAGCCAUACCCUUGCAGAAAGCAGAGGUUUGGCCUCAAAGCAAAGACUGAGACAGAGACCCACUCGAAAUUCUGCCUUAGAAUCUAUUGUUAUUCCAGAUUCAGAUGAUGAAGAACAAGAGAAUGAAGACAUUUCGGAGUCCAAUUAGGCCGUUGGUAUUACCAUAGAUAUUGACAAAGUAUGCAAGCUUAGCAGUGGUUUUAUGAAUAUGCUUGCAUCAACAGUCAACACAUUUUUGUAAGCUUGAAAAACAGCAGCAUUAGGUCAAUCACAUUUUAGGAUUUUUAGAUAUUUUUUGCACCUAGUCUUGUAAUCCAUGCACCACACUUUGCUUAAAGUGGCGUUGUGCGAGAUAUUUCUGAACUAUAUUUUGGGAUAUAAAUGUAGAUGGAUAAAAACAUAUAUGCUGGUAAUUUCUACUGGUUCUGAUGUA